AUGGCGGGAAAUGUACUGAUGGAAUCAACGACUAUAACUGCGCAUGCGCAGCCUGAUAUGACGGAAAGAGCUGCGAAAUCAACAUCAACUAGUGCCAACCAAACCCCUGUCAAAAUGGCGGUAAAUGUACAGAUGGAAUCAACGAUUACAAACAUCAACUCGUGGGAUCCAAAGCCCUAUCAAAAUGGCGGGAAAUGUAGCGAUGGAAUCAACGACUACGCAUGCGCAUGCGUGGCCGGAUAUCAGGGCAAGAUAUGCGAAAUCAACAUUGAAAUUUGUUCCUCGACACCUUGUGAAAAUGGCGCCAAGUGCGUGGACGGAGUUGCGAGCUUCACUUGCAUCUGUAAGAGCGGUUGGCAAGGAGACCGUUGUCACCUUGAUUUGAACGAGUGUGCCUGUAGCCCGUGCAAGAACGCCACCACGUGCAACAACCUGCCGGACGCGUACACGUGCACGUGCGUGGCGGGAUACGCGAUAACAAACUGUGCGAUCAGAUCAUUCAAAGAUUGCUCCGAGCUUCUUAGAAGCGAUGCCGCAAAGCAAAGUGGUGUGUACACCAUCACCACCCAUCUCACUAACACCAAGAUACAGGUGUACUGUGACAUGGUCGCAGAUGGAGGGGGAGGGUAG